AUGAUGGGCCUUGUACCUGAUGACCUCUUGGCUGUAAGAAUCUUCAUUUCUUGUUUUGGAGUUAUUGGUAAUCUCACUCUCAUCAUCUCCAUCAGUCAAAACAAGCUGUCCCGAGUUAAGACAUUUGAGUUUUUUCUUCUGGGACUGGCUGCAUCCAAUUUGGAGGAAAUUAUUGUUGUGAACAUAUUUGAUGUUAGCAUUCUCAAAAAUUCUUCCGCUAUGUUUGGCACUUGGUCGUGUCGCUCACUGAAGUUUCUGACAGUAUUUGGGGAAAUUAACAGCAUCCUAUUUACUGUUCUCAUCAGCAUCUUCCGCUACCAGAAGGUAAGAGACGCCACAAAGAGGGUCAACCUCCCCAUCUACCUGGACAACAUCAGGUCAGCCUGGUUAGUGAGUGGGGUUUGCUUGAUGAUCUCCUCGCUCUUGAGUAUCCCGAUUUUGGUAAUAAAUGUACAAGGCCCUGCAACAAACUUCACAACAAACAAAACCAGCUGCCCCCCAGACUUCUUUCUGUGCAGUAAAGCCUAUUGUCCCAUUCAGAACCGCGUUUACAAGUACAUGUUCAUCGCGUUCUGCAACCUGCUGCCUAUGAUCAUCGUCACAAUCACCGGCUGCCUCAUCAUCACGGUGCUGCUGAGCCAGAAGAAGAUGGUGUCACCGGUGGUGAGCGUGAGUGGUUCAAGGAGCUUUUUUCAGAAGACCAAGGGUCCGAAGCUUAACAGAAGUACGACAGCUGUACUGGCAGCCAUGGGGUUGUUUCAAGUAGACUGGACUCUGUACCUGAUCUUCCAAAUGGUCACCACCAACAGCUCCACCGAGUCAUCUGUUUGGGAUGAAGUCAAGUUCUUUAUCGCGACGUCCUACACAUCCAUCAGUCCAUAUGUGUAUGGAAUAGGAAAUAACCUGUUUUCUCCUAGGACCUGUAUUAAGAGGUAA